GUACACUUCUAUCAAUUACAUCUCACAGCCGCUUCACCAUCGGAAUCCAUAUCAACUUCAUCUUCAAACUUCGCAGGAGCAACUCCAUCUGGUUUUUGUCCAAAUUGAAGCCCAAUUUUGAGGCUUCAACACGUGUGAUGUUGCCUCACUCUACUCAGUCACUUACUUUGCCCUUUGGAGAUUAUGGAAAUGGGACUUGAAGAUUGUUGUUGGUCUAUGAGGGAGGCUUCUUAACCCAAAGUGUGAUUAAGAGGAAUUUCUUUAAUUGCUAUCAAGGCUCAAUAUGAGAAAUACCGUUCAUUUUCCUCUUUGGUUGGUUAUUAAAAUCAAAAUAGAAGUGACAAGAUGAAAUGAAGAGAUGGAGCUUAGAUGAAUACUCGAGAAUUUAGGAUACUUUCAUCAUAAAAACAUGUUUAGUACUCCCUCCGUCCCGUUUUAAAUCACCCGUUUUGACUUUUGGUAUUUUGGGUCCGAAGCCCAAUCCUUUUUGGAAUGGGACCAUUAAAUAAACCUAAACCACACGAUUACCUUAUCUUCUUCGUCGUUCGUCCUUCUUCUUCUUCUUUCUUCUUUCUUCUUCUUCGAUUUCUUCUUCUUCUUCUUCGCCGAUCGUCGCCGCCGUGAGCAAGCCGCCGAUCGACCUCCGCCUCCUCGCCACACCACUGCUGUCUUUCCUCGCCGAUGCCCCGUCGCUCACCGCCAGGUGAAACGCCACCACGCCAAACGGAGGACGUCGCCAAACGCCGGACGCCGCUGUUUCGCCCUCGCCGGAAUCGAGAGCCGCCGUCGCCCGAGCUUCCAGCCGGUCGCCGAGCUUCCAGCCGCCGUCGCCCUUUGCACAGCGGCCACCCGCCGCCGUCGAAUGCAGCGCCGCCAGUCGCUGCUCAUCGCCGUCGAACUGCCGCUCCGCCACUGUCGCCGGCGUCCGUCACCGUCGCCGCAUCCGGCCGCUGCCCCGAGUUGAUAUCGCCGGCAGAUNCAAACGGAGGACGUCGCCAAACGCCGGACGCCGCUGUUUCGCCCUCGCCGGAAUCGAGAGCCGCCGUCGCCCGAGCUUCCAGCCGGUCGCCGAGCUUCCAGCCGCCGUCGCCCUUUGCACAGCGGCCACCCGCCGCCGUCGAAUGCAGCGCCGCCAGUCGCUGCUCAUCGCCGUCGAACUGCCGCUCCGCCACUGUCGCCGGCGUCCGUCACCGUCGCCGCAUCCGGCCGCUGCCCCGAGUUGAUAUCGCCGGCAGAUUAACCUCCACGCCGGAUUGAUUGGUCAAUUUCGUGUUUUGACUCGAUUUGACCCGUUCGGUUGAUUUCGUUGAUUUGUCUUCCGUUCGAGCUAUCGAUUCGAUUUCGACGUAAUCCAGGUCCGUACUAUGAAGUUAAUAGCAUUCAGAAUAGAUUUAAUGGUUUGGA